AUGGCCUACAAUCAACAAAUCUACAUCUUUGUUCUCCUUCUUGCAGCAAUUGCCUGCCUUGAAAUUGCAUUUUCUGAGGGAAGGCAACUAAAUGCAUUCAAGAAACAGGAACAGACUUUCCCACAAAAUAAAGGUAAUAAUGAAUUCGGUUUAAGCAGUACUUCAGAUGAAGUUGAUAAUUAUGUAAACGAUUUUCGACCUACAAAUCCCGGAAAUAGUCCCGGAAUUGGCCACCGUUUUGAAGCAGAAAACGACGUUGCUCAGCCGAAGACACCAUCUGUUGCAUCGGGGAAAAAUACAGAAGAUUUUCGACCCACAAAACCCGGUCACAGUCCUGGUGUUGGCCAUUCUUUGGCAGGACCAAAUGCUUAG